UUGUCCAAAGACAUUGAAGGCAUCGGUUGCCCAGCGCACAUUCUGCACAAUACAGCGUCCACUGCUGCCGAUGUGAUGUCGAUUGACGUGGAGUCUAUUGUUCUGAAAAUUUUCAAGUAUUUUUCCAUAUUCACUGUAAGAGUGGAACGGCUUAAAGAUUUUUGUGAGCAAGCAGCAAUAGAAUACAACAAUAUACUCUCACAUUCCAGAAGUCGGUGGCUUUCACUACUUCCAGCAAUUGAACGCAUACUAAAGUUAUGGCUGCCAUUGAAAGAAUUUUUCGCUAAGGAAGCAAAAGCCCCAAAAGCUGUAGUCGAUUUUUUUGCUGAUCCCUUAUCAGAAGUUUACACACUUUUUGUGCACAGUCAAGCAUUUCUGAUUGAAAAACAAAUUAAAAAGAUUGAAAAAUCAGUUAUUACCAUUGUUGAAGUGAAAAAUGUAUUACAGGAUACAAAAAAACAGUUGAGUGACAGAUUGAUAAAUAAAUAUUUAGGCAAUCAAACAACACAACUUUAUAACAAACUAAAGAAUGAAGGCACAAUUAAUACAAGUCAAUCCGAAACAUUUGACAAAGAAACAGGAGAUUUCUUUAACACUGCUAUAUGUUAUCUCGAACAGUGGACAGAGCCGAUGACAAAAUUUGAUGUUUUCGCUUGGAUGAUUUUAAAUGAUAUUCCUCAAUGGCAACAAGUAGAAGAAACUACAAAAUAUUUAAAUGAAAAGGAUAUAGGAAUAGAUGAUUCAAUGUAUGAAGAAUUUAUGUACUUAAAAUCGUUUAUUGAAUGUGAAAUCAGCGAUGAAUGGAAAGCUAAAAAUAUGGAAGCAAAAUGGAAACACUUUUUUGAAAAAACCGAAGAACUGGAAAGAAAAGCAAAUCUUCUUAAAAUGUGUCAAUAUAUUUUUGCAAUCCCAGGCCACAAUGCUCACGUAGAACGAGUGUUUUCGUUAAAUUUCAGCGCAGUGGACGAAAGAACGAAGUUCACUCAGUGUAAGCACAAUCGAAAGCAUCAUUCAAUGCGUUUAUAA